CACAUAUUUUUUCUCAAAAUCUAACUUCUGGAUUGAACUUGUCAUUACUUCAGAACCUGUACAAGAUUCAACAUAAUGUCAGAGAAAGAUUAUUAUGGAAACAAAGUUUAACAGUUAAUAAAUCCAUUAACUGAAAUUUGGCUACAACCUAGGAUUCUGUAGAUCGAAAACAACAGAUUUUGGAAGUGGUAGUUCUUGAGGACAUAAAUAUCCUGUAUUCCGUUACUGAAAUAACUUGAUGUAUUUGUUUUCUGCGAAGUAGAGGUGCCUACAGUUGGUUACGUAAUGAAAUAAAUUGUUUCCCGUGUAAACAAAAACAGAAAGGCAUAAUAUUAUUAGAACAUUUUAUGCAAAUUAAUUCAAUUUUUGAUUUGGGAUUUAUUUUAAAAGAUUACAGUUUUAUGGAACUUAAACACAAAAAGUAAAAUUUUCAAGACAUUUGUUUUUAUAAAUACACAUACCUUUAAAAUUAGUAACAGAGUUUCAUAGGAGUAUAUUUGAUUUAGUAGAUAUAAAACCGUGAGAAUGUAGCUGAAGCAUUCAAAGAGUAAUAACAGAAAUUCAAGUAUAAGUUUUAUUGAGCGUAAUUAAGAACUAAUUCUUAGAGUAAUUUGGAUAACGCUAGUAUCUGAAAAUAGGUAUAUACAAUGUUUUUAAUUUAAAGUACUGUUCCAUAAUAAAUUAUUCUAAACCAUUUACCGAAAUAGUUUUAAUCUUAAUGAUGAAAGGCGGAGUUAAAUGGACAUACUUUUGCUCAUUUUCAUGGUUUUGAAAAGUUUGAAAACGUGUUUUGUAUUUGAAAAGGACUCAUGAGCGUCAGACGACAGAGUGUAUUCGAUACAAUUUAUCAUUUUUUUAAAGAAUAAUAAUGCGUAAUUUAUCCUUUGUUGCAUUGUAGUGAAAUACAUUACAUAUGGGCUCAUUGGAUUAGUCAGAAUUUUGGGUCGAGACUUCAAUUUCUAGACUACCAUUGAGCGAUGUUAAAGUUACCUGGAAAAAAUUCACCUACUUACUAGGGUCAAAGAGGAUUGUAAAUUAAUAUGAGGAAUUAGCAUUUUCAUCAUGAAUUGAGAUCAAUGUAAUACCAAAAUGAUAUUUAGCCAUCCGAUUGAAUAAAUUCUACUCCGAAAUCCCAGACUUACUAUCUUAAAAUUCAUUAAUUCGUCCAUAACUUAUAGUUCCUCCACUUGUUUUAAGGAAAAUCUCGAAUUAUUGGUUUAUUUCAUGCACAUCUAUUGAACAUUCUGAAACAUUUGGUUACCUUAAAUUAUACGGUCAACCAUCUCUAAACGGUUUCCUGUAAUAUGCAUUUAUAAAUGAAAUAAAUAUCAGAGGACGUAAAACUAAACUAGGCACUUAUAAAACCACUAUAUCAGCUUCCAUAAAUCAAAGUGAGUACAUAAAUUAUUCAAAAAUAAUUCUUAGAUUAUAAUGACUUUAGAAUAAAGAUCUUGCUGAACACGAGAACUGGGACAGAUGUGAAUACUGAUUACGUUUUUAUUUAAAUGGAAUUUUAAUUUCAUGUUCAUAGUAUCCUUUAUCAGCUGUUUUUAACAGCUAUUUUGUUUGAAAGACUAUCCGAUUAGAAAUUCAUCAGUACAUAUUAACAUAAGAGCAUAUCAAUCACCAAAGCAUUCUAGAUUAACCUACAAACUAGUUUUAUAUUCCAAAUGCCGUUAUACUGAUCAUUUAAAUCACAUAACCAGUUUUAAUAAGUAUGUAUGACCUUAACUAAAACGAGCAAUCCAAUUUACAGAAUGAAACCACUUAUUUUAUACGCCUUCUGUGAUUAUUGAUGACAAAUUACUGGUUUACAGAUAAUCUAGCAAUGAAAUCAUUCCGCUCGGAACACCAACCUAGUGUAUCGGGCCAUUAGGAAGGCCCAAGGACCGAUGCGUGUUAAUUCGUAGCUAUAAUUAACGGAUAGGACUACAUAGAUAUUAUUCUCGUAGCGAUUGGCCAAUUUGUAGAAUAUAAAGUUUUAGACCUAUUAGGUUAAGCCAAUCAGAUGUUAGUUACAUUGUCUGAGCCUUCAGACAAUUUAGAUCUAUCUGCCAACACAGGUAAAGCAGUUCAAGGUCACUAACGCUUGAUUGGUCAAUUCACGGAGCCAAUUGAGUGAUUGACCAUAGUCCAAUGAAUCAAGGUUCAGUUUUCGCUCUCAGUGAUCAUAGAGGUUGACUAUCUGGUUGAUCUGUUUUUGAUUCGUGACUUGAUGAUUGUAAGGAAUUACCGGGUGAAUUAGUGUUUGAAUUUUCAAGACCACUUUGACCUUUAUCUUGGUGGAACAAACUGUAUCUCGCAUUAUUUUGACAAUUUAUCAUGCUUUCACCUUUCUGUGUAUGAAACCUAUUAAAACUUGUACAGAAAAAUGCCGAAUCCCCGGGAAUUCGUUGGAGCUAGUUCAGGUUCUAGGAGAGGACGUCGUUCAUAUCCAAAGGUUGAAACUUUGAAUAAAGGGUUAAACUGUGAACCUAUAAUAUUUCAUCGUGAAUAUACUAAACGAAUUUUACCUCAGUCUUCAAGAGGUAAACCUAGAGGCAAAGCUGGUCGCCCUCGGAAAUAUAAAGUGGAGGUUUCAAAAAAUUACCAGGAUUCUCCACCUAUUUCUGAAACGUUGGAUUCAUUUGCUCGUUCUCCUAGUCUUUCAUCAGAUAAAACACCAUGUAAACGUCAACGCAGAUUGUCAAAAGAUGAUCCUAAUUCUAUUCCUCGUCUUACUAGUCAGAAGUCUGAUCGAUCGAGUAUCAAGAUCAAGUCAGAUGAAGCUGUCUACAAACUGUCAGUGUCUCAGUCUUCUGAACGAUCAAGUGAUGAUCAGUCUGUUAAAGUUAAAAAUUUUACAUGUCAUGAGUGUGGAAUGCAGUUUAAAACUAAAGGAAGAUUUGACAAACACAUACCUUGUCGCGUACAUGGAAAUUCUGAGUAUUUUCAGAAACCCCAUUUAAAGAGAGGCAGAAAAUCAUUGAAUUCAAAAUCAUUGAACAACAUUAAGCUUCCCUCUUGCUCAAUUCAGCGUAAAAAUAGUGACAGCGUGGAUCAAACCUCAUUACUUGUUCGUAUAAUUGGUAAACCUCUAAAACCAGACAAUUUCAUCACAUAUUUGAAUGACGAGUCAAACGAAGCAAAUGAUGUUAAUUUCUCACCUCGUAAACCAUCUAUUACGGGAAUUCUAAAAUUCCAUCUUUCGCCCAAUCAAACUAUUGAAUUUUUGGUUUGUGCAAAUAAAUUGGCUGUGAAACAGUGUAUUUCAGCAUUGGAUACCAAUUCACUGAUUGGUGAUGAUAGCACAGUAUUUGAUGGGAUGAAUAAUUGUAAUACAAAAGGAUAUUUAACAGAAUUAAACACUUCUUCAUCGUUACCACUCACUUCAUCAUCAUCUUAUCUGUCUACAGACUCUAUAUUAAUGCCAUCCUCCUCAUUAUCUUCAGUGAAUUCCGGUAAAGGGAAUCAAGAAGCUUACACAAAUUUAACAACUGUUUAUCAAAAAGAUUAUAUUUUUAACACACAUGAUAUAAAUAUGACAUCUAAUUCAUUAGAAUAUCAUGAUCGUAGUCAAGAUGAAUUACAGGCUGCACGAACCAUUCUAUCAUUAGCUCGUGGAAGUACUGAUGAUAUGGUUUUGAAUAUGGGACAAAUUAUGAUGGAAUUAGAUAAUGCACCAAAAGUGAAUAAUUCAUGUGAAAAGAGAGAUACACCAUAUAAUACUGAUAUUAACAACACUAUAACGGAGUUGAAAACUCAAGGUGAUGAAAUCGCUGAACACCAUUCUCGUUGGAUGUCUAAACAAGAGAAUGAAACAAGUGAUAAGUCAGUGUCUAGUGUAUCAUCCACUGAACAUUCAGUUGGACCAAUCAGUAACUUAAAUGCAUUCUCAAAUACCGUAGUGGAAGAUAAGAUUUCGAAUGAUUUGAAUAAAUGUGUCUCAGGUGAUAACAUAACCAUUACAACCAUUACCACCACCAACAAUAAUGUACCUCUUAGUCGCCCUACAGAUCAUUUAAUUGCUAUCCAACCUUCAAAGUUAUCAACUCAUUGUACCACAGAUGUUUGGAAUCCAAUCUCUACUUCACAGAAUAGUAGUAUUAAUAACAACAGUAAUAAUAAUACUAAUAAUAUUGUGGUACAGAGAAAAAUUCGUCCACCUCCUAAAAAAAGGCUUUCAACAAAUUAUACUCGGUCAAACUCGUCUCGUUCAUUUACAGACAAUACGAACUCGACUCCAAAACUUCAGGACAAUAUUAAUCAAACGAAGACUUCAUCUUCGAUCAACUGUGAACAAUUAACUGUUUCACAAUCUACCAAACAAGUUAUCAAUAUAUCAUCGAGUUACUCGUCUAUUUCAACGGAACAAAUUGAGACGCAACUACCUAGUUUCCCUUCUACUUCAGGAAUCGGAUUACUUCCUACUCCUAUACAAUUUACUAAUGUUGUUUAUGGUAAUCCGAAUUUUAUUUCAUCACAAAAUACACCAUUAACUUCUUAUGUAUCUAACAUAGAUCCUAUUUCACAUCAAUCCAAUCCAAUGAAUGGAUUUACAAUGGUUUUUCCUUCACCUAGACCUAUUACACCUACACCAUCGACACUAAAUGGAUCUCAACCAUCUCCAAGUUUUUUCAUAUUACCUCAGUUAAUGGUUUUGCCUAGAUUUAUUGGUUCUUAUAUACCAAUGAUAACUGCACCAGAACCAUAUCCAUCUACAAUAAAUCCUAUUCAAAGUACGAAUUUGGCUGAAACACGAUCAUCUACAUUUAUGACAAGUUCACUUGUAACACCUAUACCUACAGCUCAACCUGAAUUUUCAACAAAUCAUCCACCAGUUAAAACAAUCAUUCUUCAACCUCCUACAUCAACUAGUGUAUUUGGUGCUGAUAUAAACACUACAGUUUCUCAAUUAUCAGACGAUCAUCAAUCAAAGCCUGUUAAUAAUAAUACAUAUGAGGAUGUGAAGGAGACUAAUGGAUCCGACUCUAAUUUAAUAUUAUCACAUCAAUCAGAUACAUCAGUAAAUUCAGGAAAAGAUAAAUUAUUGCUACCACCAACAGUGAUUUCCACUCCAAAUAGUCCAAGUUGUUCUAAAAAAUAUGAUAGUGCUAAAUGCGUAUGGAGCAGCGGGGGGUUUAACACGACUAAACCAAUUCCAAUAAGACCUGUACCCGAAGUUUCUAGAAUCAAAUCAAACAAUGCAUUAUCAACUGUACAAAAUAAAUCAUUACAAGACCAAUUUCAUACUGGAGCGGGACAAAACGCUUCGGAUCAAAAAAUGUUACCACUACUAGUUUCCAGUAAUGAUUUAACAAAUAAUUUCACUAAAUUAAAUCCUACUGUAACUACAUGUCUUGUCACCAGUACAUCUGCCAACAAUAUUAUUAUUCCUGCCAUUAAUUACAGUCAUUCUUCCUCUUCUUCUUCUGCUUUCACUUCAUCCUUAUCUGGUAAUUUUAUUUCACCGAGCAAAAGUGUCGGUGUUGAAAUUUCAGUUGAUAGCAAACAAUCUCAUCAACAAGUUCAACACAACAAACUUGUUACAAUUUUACCAGCCAAUCAGCCCGACAGGAUCAAAUGUCAAUACCGACCAAUUCAUCAUAAAAGACGAAUAAAUUUUACAAAGCUCAACAAUCAUAAAAAAUAUUUAUCGAAUUCACUUAAUUCACAAUGGUCUAACACUUCUAUACGUGGGAGAUAUCGUUGUCAAGAUAAUUCAUUGCAUACUACUAAAUCCUAUCAUCAUUUGAAAAAACAUUGGCAUACACAUUCUAAUAUUCGACCGUUUGUUUGUCAUAAUUGUGAUAUUUCUUUCAAAACACGCGGUAAUCUAAGCAAACAUAUGAAAUCUCGUUGUCAUCAUGACAGGUUUUUACGAGACUCAGGAUUCACCCAAGUUCCUUUAACGAGUAAUAGUUCUGUUACUCCUGUAGUUAAUCGAGAUUUCGAUCAUCAUUCUAGAGAAGUGCCUCGUGACUCAGAGAUUAAUAAUAAUAACGGUAUAUUUGAAGACCGUCAGAAUUAUCGUAAAUCAUCAAAUAUCUCGUCGGCAUCAUCAUCGUCAUUGUCCUCAUCGUGUAAAAGAAGAAACUUUUCAGGAGCAAUCAACAAUCGUUCAUUCCCUUUUGGUAGCAAAAGGAACCAAGUCAAAUCUUCAUUGUGUACUAAUUUUCAUGGAAUUACUUCUAAAUCAUUGUCAUCAACAUCAGCAACAACAACACCGACAUCAAUAUCAUCAUCAUCAUUACCAGGAAUUAUGUCGUCUAAAGCUUCAACUUUACAGUCGAAUAUCACAUGCUCAAAUGUAGUGGAUUCAUCUAAUCGUAUUCCAGCUCCUAAUGUUAAUGCAGUUAAUUUAUCACAGGAUUUACCAAUGAAUUUAAGUGCUAAACCACAAGAACCAAUUGCUCUAAUAAAAUAUAUUGUUGAACCAUCAGUUUAUACUAAAAUGAAUGGAAUUCAGUCGAAUAAUCUUAAUCAUUCAGAAAAUAUAUGUGAUAAACACGUUUCAAAUAAUUGUUUGUCAUCAGCUGAAGUAAUUGUUCAAACAGCUGUUGAAGCGGCUCGUAAUCUUGCUACAGAUAAACCAACUUUAAAACAGACAGAUAAAUUUAGUCAUUCUACACCAGAUUCAAAAAAUUCUGAAAGAAUACCCACUCCAGGAAAUUUAUCUGAUCAUGUAAAACCAAUUGAUGCUCAAGUGAUAAAUUUCAAUACAUCAGAUUUAGAAGAGCAAUAUUACUCUAAAGGAUUAUCCACUUCAACUCCAUGUUAUCAAGAAAAUGGUCGAAAUGAUAAAUCAUGUUCGCUUCCUUCUAGUAGCAGUAGUUGUACAACUUGUACAGAAGAUUCUUCUACAUCAGAAAAAUUAAAUAAGGAUAUGAAACAGAACAAUGUAAAAUCAUUACAUACUUCAAAUAAACCAGAAUCUGAUGCACGACAAAGUCAUGGAGUUAAAUCUCACGCCUAUUUAAGGGAUCCACGCCCUUAUAAAUGUAAUAUGUGUCAUGUAGGUUUUCGUGUUAGUGGGCAUUUAUGUAAACAUUAUCGGUCUAAAUCACAUAUGUCAAAUAUUUUACAAAUGGCUCAAUUAUCAAAUAGUACAAUUGAACGUAUUUUACAAAGUCAUAUGGGCAAUCUUCAACUUAUUAAUCCAGAUACUGGUGAACUGAGUAUGCGAAUAUUAGAAAAAAUAAUUCCACCUUGUGAAUUUCCAGCAAUAACAACCGUUAAUUCAGGAACAAAUGGACAUAACUAA